AUGGCAGCAGCUUCCGUCGGCGCCACGUUAUCGCGAGCGCUGGCAACCGACCGCGACCCCUUCCCCGAAUCCUCAUCCGUGGCGCCGUCCUGGUCGUCAUCGCGCGCCGCCGAGGCAGAGGCGAGCCCGGUGUCAACUGAUGGCGGCGCCGAGGAGGACGUGCACGACCUGGAGUCCCCGUGGGUCGCGGCGGCCGAGGCGGAAUCGAGGCUGGAGGAGGCCGCAAUGGCGGCAGCUGCAGCAGCACUCCAUCUUCGCGGCGGGAACGAGGCAGAUGCGGAUGAAAUACGAGACAACCAGCAGCGACAGGACGACGAGCUGAUGGCACUGGAAGCAAUAUAUGGGGAUGAUCUUGCUGUACUAGAAAACAAAGGAGGGCUCCGCUACUUCCAGAUAUACAUACAUUACGAAUUGCAUGAUGGUGUUGAGGUGUGCGCUAAGAUAUCCUUGGCAAAUCGAAAUCGAGAACCAGAAGGAUGUCCUAAUGAUGACACAGAAGAUGAAUUCUGUUACAACUGCAACUUUAACUACCUCCCUCCGUUGAUAUUGACAUGCUUACUUCCAAAAUCUUAUCCUAGCAAAGACCUCCCAUAUUUCACUGUCACCGCUAAACUUGAUCAAAUAGGCUCAAACUUCAUCAAGCUUCCAUGCCAGCACUUGUUCUGUGUGAAGUGCAUGGAGACCUUAUGCAAGAUGCAUGUGAAGGAAGGCAGUUUGUUUCAGUUAGUCUGCCCUGACACAAAGUGCAAUACUUCCAUUCCACACAAUUUGUUAAAGAGGCUUCUCAGCGUAGAAGAAUUUGAACGUUGGGAUAGGCUUGCUCUUGAGAAAGCAUUGAAGUGUAUGGCAGACGUGGUUUACUGCCCAAAGUGUGAGGUCGGUUGCUUGCAAGAUGACGAUAACAAUGCACAAUGUCCCAAAUGUUCAUUCACCUUUGGCCUUUGCAAGGAACUUUGGCAUCCAGGGAAGCAAUGUCUAACUACAGAACAAAGGCUCCAGCGCCAGAAGGCGUCAGGCAAGUUGACCCAAACGGAGAUGGCACAGGAAAUUCUGAACAUCAGAGAACUGUACAAAGAUGUUCGGUUAUGUCCCACUUGUCGAGUGGCCAUCAACAGAAUCUCAGGCUGCAACAAAAUGAUGUGCACUAGCUGUGGUCAGUUAUUUUGCUUCCGUUGCUGCAAGGCAAUUAGCGGCUACAGCCACUUCAAGAACUGUGGGCUCUUCGAGGCUAGAGAUACCACAGAGUGGGACACCCAAAUGACCCAAAUGCAGAAUGGAAUCCAGGAGCGAGCUCAAAACCAACCAUUGGGCGGCAGCAUAAGGUGCCCUAGAUGCCGUGAAAAAACUUUCAAGGAUGAUGACAAAUAUGUCUUCUGUUGGGCGUGCCGAACAAGCUACUGCACACUGUGCAAACGGGCUGUGGAAGGUAAGAUACUGAAGAGGGGGCACUGGGGAUCGCCGGAAUGCGUGGGGCUUGAAAAUAUGUAGUAGCACCGGCUCCCAUAUUUACAAUUUUUUUGCAGCUUAUGAGUUAUGACUUUUCUAAGUUAUCAUCAUUAUGUUUAUUAGUCAGUUAGUGACUAUACACCAUCGAGUCU